CAUUCGGUUAUUCCUUUCGAAAAUACAAGAGUAACAACGUAUUAGUCUCAUUACACAAAGUAAUAAACAAUGAAAUACUGUUAGUACAUACGUAUUAAUUUAAAAAUUCCCGCAAAGUGAAAAAAAUUAAAUUCACGCCAGAGGCGCAGCUGUCGAUGCGGCUUCGUGGCAAGCGAGUGCUGGUCGACUGCUGUGCCGACGUGUAUUUUCUUUGGUUUUGGCACGUUGAAUAAAGCCGGCGUUGAUAAAUUAACAAAUUCACAACAAAAAAUGAGAGCUGCGAGUGUGUUAUUUGCUUGCCUCCUGGGGAUCUCUACAGUGAAUGCCGCAGGACCUACCCUCGUGCUUCUUGACAACCUCGCUGUGAAGGAAACUCAUUCAAUCUUCUUCAAGAGUUUGCAAGAUAGUGGCUACAUUCUUACAUUCAAACUUGCUGAUGAUGCAAACUUAGUGCUAUCCAAGUAUGGCGAGUUUUUGUACAAGCAUCUCAUAAUUUUUGCUCCAACUGUAGAAGAAUUUGGAGGAGCUUUGAGCGUUGAUGCUAUAACUGAUUUCAUUGAUGGAGGUGGUAAUGUUUUGGUUGCUGGUGCAUCCAACUCUGGAGAUGCUCUCAGGGAUUUGGCAUCUGAGUGUGGGUUUGAAAUCGAUGAAGAUGGUGCUACUGUCAUUGACCAUAUGAAUUACGACAUCUCAGACUCUGGUCGUCACACCAAAAUCGUUGCUGAUCCAGCUAAUUUGAUUGAUGCACCAGUCAUUGUUGGCAACAAGAAUGUAGCACCUCUUCUAUAUGAGGGAACAGGAUUGAUUGCAGAUGCAGAUAAUCCUUUAGUGUUGAAAUUACUUUCUGCAUCUAGCUCUGCUUACACUUACAAUCCUGAUCAAGCUGUUAAGGAAUACCCACAUGCUGUUGGAAAGAAUACCUUAUUGAUUGCAGCUCUGCAAGCCAGAAAUAAUGCUAGAGUUUUGUUCUCUGGAUCAUUGUACUUUUUCAGUGAUGAGGCUUUCACUAGUUCUGUUCAGAAAGCUCAAGAUGCUAAAAAGCAUGAAGUCUCAGGCAACCAAGUUGUAGCUGAGGCAAUGGCAAGAUGGGUGUUCAAAGAGAACGGAGUAAUCAGAGUUUCAUUUGUUCAUCAUCACAAGCUUGGAGAAUCACAACCUCCAUCAGCUUACACCAUUAUGGAAGAUGUAGUUUAUUCCAUUAAUAUUGAAAAAUUAGUAGGUGAUAAGUGGGUACCAUUUAUAACUAACGACCUACAAUUGGAAUUUGUCAGAAUCGAUCCAUUUGUGAGGACAACUAUGAAGCAUGUAUCAAACGGUCGUUAUGAAGCGAGAUUCAAAAUUCCAGAUGUAUAUGGUGUUUAUCAAUUCAAAGUUGAUUAUACCCGCGUCGGUCUUACACACCUCUACAGCACAACGCAAGUGUCAGUUCGACCACUUCAACAUACUCAAUACGAACGAUUUAUUCCCAGUGCUUACCCAUACUACAUCAGUGCCUUCUCGAUGAUGGGUGGUGUUUUUCUUUUCACCAUUGUUUUCUUGCACUACAAAGAAGAUACGAAAUCUAAAGCAGAAUAAGAAAUCAAUAAAAACAAUAAAACAAUGGAGUCAAGAACUUUUUUAUAAGUACAGUUUCACUGUGAUUAUUAAAGCAGAUGUGAGAGUAGACUUUGUAUAUGUGCUUUCAAUGAUGUGAGCGCCGAUAUUACGAGACAUCUGGAAAUAUCAUUUUUUCACUCUUCCUAAACCUUAUAUUUUGUACAUAUGGAAAAUAAACAUUUCACCUACGAA